AUGUUUGCUCAUUUGCAGUGUCAGACGGUCUGGAGCUGCCCUGGAUUCAUUAUUAAACACAAGAGCACACAAACUGAACCCAACAAUCUUCAAGCCAGGAACUCUUUCCUUUACAAUGGCCUGAUCCGUCACAAGAUACCGCACCAGCCGCUGUGGGAAAAGGGUUCAUCGUGGUUGUCCAAAAAAAUCCUUUGCCACAUCAUCCUCAUGCACUACCCAAAAUGCUUCCACAUGACUGCUCCCUCUUGUGCCAAUGGCCUUCUGAGGAGCCAGAAACCACUUGCAGUAAAGAAGAAGCCUGGCAGGGCUUCCAUAGAUUUCAAGGCCAGGAGGGGCUCUUCUGAUCAUCCAGUGUGA